AUGGCUGGCUCACCGAGUGAUCUCCCACCGGCACCUACGGCUGCAUCCCCCGCCAGAUCGAAGACCGCUUCACCCAAGAACACGGUCUCACAAAGGUCUAAGGCAGCUUCGCCAGGAGGGGCGAACUCUCCUGCGAGCGAAAACCUACAAGAUGAACUUGAGGUUGACGAAGGGCUGAGUGUCAGCGACGGGGCCUCGCUCAUGGAUGAUCAGAUGUGGGUUUCCUCCUCACCCCGUUCAAUUAGGAGUAGCACUUACGAUCCGAUUAGAUCAUCCUAUACGGCUUCCUUGACUUCUAGUGCGAUUGACUAUCCCGUAGAGCAUGGCCGUCGUUACCAUGCUUUUCGAGCUGGAGCUUACUACGCUCCGAAUGACGAAAGCGAAAUGGAACGUCUUGAUCUGCUAGCGACUUUGAUUUUCAAGGUCACUGGCAAGCUGUAUCUAGCCCCGAUUGAACAGAGUAAAACUCAUCGUAUCUUGGACAUCGGCACUGGGACUGGUAUCUGGGCUAUCGAAAUGGGAGAUUUGUUUCCUAACGCAGAGAUUAUUGGAAAUGACCUGAGUGCGAACCAGCCAACUUGGGUUCCAGCAAAUGUCAAAUUUGAGGUCGAUGAUGUCGAGAGUCCUUGGCUACAUACACUCGAGUUCGAUUACAUCUUCUGCCGAACUAUGGCCGGCGCUAUCGCCGACUGGCCGAAGUUGAUCAAAAAUAUCUACGACAAUACCGCCCCCGGAGGUUGGGUAGAAUUUCAAGAUCUCGAUCUCCUGUAUCGCUCUGAUGAUGGCUCAAUAACUGAGGAACACGAAUGCAUGAAAAUGAACAGAACCUUCAUCGAGACAUGCAAACAAAUUGGCCGUGAGCCCUGCCCAGGGCCUCUAUUCAAGGACUGGGUCACUGAGGCCGGCUUUACCAACAUCACUCAUCAGAGGUACAAACUACCCCUCGGUCCUUGGCCCAAGGAUCCUCAUAUGAAGGAUGUCGGACUCUGUAACCUCAUCUGCGUAUUGGAUGGCCUGGAAGCUUUCAAUCUGAGAUUACUGACUGGAGUUCUCGGAUGGUCAAAGGAGGAAGUCUUGACAAUGCUGGCAGCUUGUCGACAAGAGUUGAAGACCGGUGCCUUCCAUGCUCGGAUGGAAUUCCACGUUGUUUAUGCACAGAAGCCGACGACGGAAGCUUAG